GGUGGCUUGUCUUGUUAUUUUUUAAAGAUGGCGUUUCAUCCAAAUAGUGCAUGGUUUUACACUUUUCUAGCUUGUUUGAAAAUGUAGUACAGUUUUAAAAAAGUAAGAAAAAAAACAAUUCAAAUGUCAGGGUUGCUGGGAUUCAAUUUCGGGGUGCUGGAUUUCCCCCCCCAAAUGGGCCUUAACUUGUGUGCACUGGAUUUCGUGUAUCUUUCGCUAGUGAGCUAGUUCUGUUUGUGUAAUGAGAGGUUUUCUCCCGUUUGAUAACUGCAUGGACCCAUUUUAUGGUGCGCCUACCAGACCCAAGGCUGAGGUGUAACAGUCAUCGACUGAAGUCUGAAAACAAAAGCACAGCUCCAGCAAGCAGGAAGUGCACUUUUGGAUUUUUGGGACGUCCAACAAUUCCUCCACUCGUGACUGAGGCAGACAGACUGGGACUUUACUGGGCACAGUCUAAAACGCUUAACAUAAAAAAAGCUCACUUAAUGUCCGAACACUGUGAUCGUUCAUCACACAAACCUGUGUGUACCUCUCUACUCAUGCCCACUUCAGCCAGUGAAAAUAUCCAAACAAAGUUGUUCUCAUUUUUAUUUUUGAAAGUUACAGUUUCAUUUCAGUCAUCUGCACGAGAACAUUCAUGGCUUUCAUGCAAAAAGAUUCUGAGUUCACGCGGGCCGAAGUAGAAGCUAUUCUGCUUGAUGUGGAGAAGUAUAAAGACUGCAUAUCACAUGAACCACCCGUGGAGCCUACGGGGGGUGAUGUGUUCCUGUAUCAGAGUUUGCAGGGAGGCAGAUGCACUAUGGACUUAAAAUUUGAUCAAAAGAUGUGGAAACAGAAAGGGUCAAAUCUUCACAACAUUAAAAAAUAUGGCGGUAGGGUGCUGAAGCGAUACUACCACAUUAGGACAACUCAGUGUGACAAGGGAUCAGCAGAGUUUAGAAAGAAUGUAUACUGUCUUGUGCCACAAGUUGAUUGUAAAUCGGCGACAGCUUUGUAUCUGAUUCACUACCUGGGAAAUGAGAGUGUGGAUGUGCUAAAGAAACAUGGCAGUUCAAAACCUGAGAGAGUCUUCAUUUCUUCCAAAAAAGAGGUAUUUGCAAAGAUCCUUCACGAGGACGAUAGGCAGGCUCCAACUAAGGAGGAGCACAUGCCUGUGAAUUUCCCACAUCAUCUCAAACAGGUUCAAAAUGCCACGUAUGCUACCAGAAGUGCACAAGGAAUAUCUCAUGAUGAAAUGUACAGUAUCCAUGAACUGGCAUACCAGCUUCCGGGCUUUGUCUGGUAUAUUUCUACUUUUCCAGACCUUCUGGUUUUUGCAGGGAUGCCAGAAAUGAUGGAUUUAGCUCAGGACAACUUAGAGGAAGCAGUUGAAUUCAAAUACCCUCAAAUGUUGGGCUAUGAAACAACAUUUCAGAUGGGUGACUUCUAUGUUUCAGUGCUUACUGUGAGAAACACAUCCCUUGUGGAUGAUCCUGUGUUUCCUGUUGGUUUUAUGCUGCAUGAACGUGAAUUGAUGCAACAUCAUGAAAUGUUUCUUCAUGACAUUCUGGGGAAACUUCGAAUGGGUGAAGAAAAAUUCCACAGUGUGCCCAUCGCUGUUGGCCGAGAAAAGGGAAUUGUCGAGGCCUUGAAGACGAGGUUCCCUAACAUUAGCCUUGUUUUGUGCAGGAACCGUGUCUUGCAUGACAUUGAAUACUGGGUGAAAAAGAACGGCUGCACAAGGGAUGACAUAGAGGUACUAAAAGAUCAAAUUGAGGAACUAAUUAAUUUGCGUAACAGAGAUGAGUUUGAAGCACAUUACAGCAAAUUUGCAGCCAUGUGGCCAAAGGAAUUUAUCAAAUAUUUCAACCAGCACUUGAGGGAAGACCUAUCCAACAUAGCUUUCUUUGGCACGGAACAAUUUGAUGCAUUCAAACAUAACGGUCCAACCAACAACAUCAGUGAAAGUAUGCAUAAAAUGCUUAAAUCACAAGAUGAAUGGAAGGAACUUCCGGUUGAUGCCAUGGUUCUGUCUUUCUACUACAUGCAGUCAUUCUUUUUAUCUGAGUUUCAAAGGGCUAGAUAUGGGUUGGGCAGUUACAACCUGAAGCGGGGGGUCCCUGUGCCUUUGACGGAUAUCGACAUACCCUCAUUUGUUCCUUUGGAGGACAUUGUUGGGAAAGUCAAGGACCAUCUGAGAGAUGAACAGAGCAGAGAACACAAAAACACAAAGCUAUCGAUGUUUCAGACCUCAUUAGCGAACACAGUAGUCAAGAUGGGGUUGGUGAGCCUGACUUCGUCUGCGGGCGUGUUUGUGGUUAAAAGCCCUUGGAAUGAGACUGUCCACGUAGUUCAGAACAACCCCGACGGGGCCGAAUGCUGCUGCCCCAGCACAGGCAAGUGUUGCCAUAUCCUGGCUGUUGAAAUGGCAACCGGGAUGAGUCUUCAUAUAAAAAGGCCAUACAAUCUGUCACAAAUGCGCAAAAGGGAUCGAGGCAGAGCAAAAACACAGACGAAAGGUCAAGCGGAGCUGGACCUGUAAAAUUAACUUUCUUGCCAUGCAAACAUUCUGUCUGGGUCCUCCAGUCAUUCGGGGUUCCGUUCUUGAAUGUUGAUUGUUGGCUGAUAUCAAAUUGCAAACAAAGAUCAUGAGAAAUGAGUGCUGUUCCCUUUCACCAAGAAGUGGUUUGUCGUAUAGUUAUCAUUACGGUAUUUAUUGUUGCACUUCUUGCUUUCAAAUUGCUAAUGUACAUUCUCCAUUGCGUUGACAAAUAAAAUAUCUCUUUCUACCA